UGCAGAACAACUAUUAAUAACUUUUCAAGGUGAUCGAUUGGUUUUGGCCCUUUGAACAUUUGCAAUAUUUGAUCACCCAACUUCACCACCACCACCACUUUCCCAGUUCUCCUUCGCCUUUUCCUCCACCGCCAACGCCGCCACUUUUUUCAGUUUCUCGAAACCAGGAUUACAAGAAACCACCAAAAAAGAUCUUAAUCUUUAAAUCUCAAACAACACUCUUUUCUUCGUACUGAACUUACUCUACAAAGCUACAUUUCUCAAAGGCUACACAAGGAUUUCAAGUAAUGGAUCGUCGGUGGCCUUGGAAGAAAAAAUCAUCCGAUAAAGCUGAUAAAGUUGCUGCUGCGGCCGCCGCUGAAGCAGAUGCUGCUGCCGCUACUUUGGCUUCAGCCGCUGCUCAAACCAACCAGGAUACCUACAAAAAACAGAAGUACGUUCAAAUUUCCAUGGAAUCGUAUUCGCACCUUACUGGUUUGGAGAAUCAAGUGAAAACGUACGAGGAACAAGUUCAGACAUUGGAGGAUGAGAUUAAGGACUUGAAUGAAAAGCUCUCUGCUGCUAAUGCAGAGAUUACUACCAAGGAAGACUUGGUGAAACAACACACUAAAGUUGCAGAAGAAGCAGUCUCAGGUUGGGAAAAGGCUGAAGCAGAGGCCUUGGCGUUGAAAAAUCAUCUUGAGUCUGUUACCCUUUUGAAGCUCACUGCUGAAGAUAGGGCAUCGCAUUUGGAUGGUGCUCUUAAGGAGUGCAUGCGACAAAUCCGAAAUCUGAAGGAAGAACAUGAACGGAAGUUGCAAGAUUUGGCUGUUAGCAAAAACAAGCAAUGUGAAAAUAUUAAGCUUGAGCUUGAAGCGAAGAUAGCUAAUUUAGAACAAGAGCUCCUUAAGUCCCACGCUGACAAUGCUGCAAUUUCUAGGUCUUUGCAAGAACGUUCUAACAUGCUGGUCAAGAUCACUGAAGAAAAGUCACGAGCUGAGACUGAGAUUGAGCUUUUGAAGGGCAACAUAGAAUCGUGCGAAAGGGAAAUAAAUUCACUGAAGUAUGAGCUUCAUGUAGCUUCCAAAGAGCUAGAAAUUCGUAACGAGGAAAGGAAUAUGAGCAUGAGAACUGCAGAAGCAGCUAACAAACAGCAUAUGGAGGGUGUCAAAAAGAUAGCAAAGUUAGAAGCAGAGUGCCAGAGACUCCGUGGUCUUGUGCGGAAAAAGUUGCCCGGGCCUGCUGCACUUGCCCAAAUGAAGCUAGAGGUUGAGAGUUUAGGUCGAGACUAUGGUGAUACUCGAAUAAAGAGGUCUCUCGCCCGGUCUUCUAGUCCCCACGUGCCCACUGUGACUGAUUUCUCCCUUGACAAUGCACAGAAAUUGCAAAAAGAGAAUGAGUUUCUCACGGAACGAUUAUUAGCAAUGGAAGAAGAAACAAAGAUGCUGAAAGAAGCUUUGGCAAAGCGUAACAGUGAACUACUGGCUUCUAGGAAUCUUUGUACUCAGAAAUCUAGCAAGCUUCAAACUUUAGAAACGCAACUCACUAUCAGCAACCAACAAAGCAGCCCCUCAAAAGCUAUUCAGAUUCCUGAAGUAUACUCAAGUCAAAAUGCUGGCAAUUCACCAAGUGUGACUUCUGUGUCUGAAGAUGGAAAUGAUGAUAAAAAAAGUUGUGCUGACUCAUGGGCAACAGAUGCGAUCUCUGAGCUCUCUCCAUUCAAGAAGGAAAAGAGCAUUGAAAAGUUGAAUAGAACUGAAAAUGCAAAGCACCUGGAUCUUAUGGACGAUUUUCUUGAGAUGGAGAAGUUGGCGUGUUCUCCAAAUGAUUCAACUGCAAAUGGUGCAAUCAACAUUUCAGAUUGUACCAACAAUAAGACAUCGGAAACUUUUAACGGUGAUGCAUCGGGAGAGAUUUCUUGCAAGGAACUCCAGUCUGAAAAGCAGCAUGAUCUAUCACCAUCAACAAAUCAAGGGUCUAUGAAUAUGGAUUUUUCAGAAGUCUAUACUGAAUCUGACGCAGACAAAUUGCUUGUUACGAAGCUUCGAACAAAGCUCUCUAUGGUGCUUGAAUUAAUGUCCAAGGAUGCUGAUGUGCAGAAAAUUCUUGGGGACAUCAAAUGUGCCGUUCAGGAUGCACAUGAUACCCUGAGCCAGCACUCUGUCAGUGGUGUCUCCAAGGAGGUGCAUGACUCUAAUGGCACAUGCAAUGGACAGGACUCUCAUGCAAAUGGUCGCUUAACUGUGGAGAACAUUGAUGUGCCCCAAGGUGAUAAGGUGGCUUCAGAAACUGCGCAAACUAUAAGUCGAGAAUUAGUUGCUGCAAUUUUUCAGAUUCACGACUUUGUACUGUCCCUGGGAAAAGAAGCAAGAGCAGUUGACUUCUCUUCUGAUGGCAACGGAUUAAGCCACAAAAUUGAUGAGUUCUCUGUCACCUACAAUAAGGUAUUAUGCAGCAAUGUGAGUUUGGGUGAUUUCAUUUUUGAUCUUUCUACUGUUUUAGCCAUAGCCAGUGAAAGAAGAUUCAAUGUGCUUGGCUACAACAGUAGUGUUGCUGAAAUCAAUAGUUCUGAAUGCAUAGAUAAGGUUGUUUUACCAGAGAAUAAGGUAAAUCAAAAUGAUUCAUCAGAAGGGAGAUAUCAAAAUGGCUGUGCCCACAUUUCAAAUCCAACUUCCAAUCCUGAGGAUGCUGAUGAUGGAAACAUGGUCUCGGAAUAUGAAUCAAAACAAGUGAGCAACAUCUCUUUGGAAGAGUUCGAGGAAUUGAAGUUGGAGAAAGAAAACUUGGCAAUGGAUCUUUCUCGAUGUACUGAAAAUCUGGAGAUGACCAAGUCCCAAUUACAUGAAACUGAGGAGCUUCUAGCAGAAGCAAAAUCUCAGUUGGCAUCUGCUCAAAAAUCAAACAGCUUGGCUGAGACACAGCUGAAGUGCAUGGUAGAAUCAUACAGGUCACUUGAAACACGGGCAGAGAAGUUAGAGACCGAGGUGAUCCAUCUCAGAGAAAAAAUUGAAACUCUGGAAAGUGAGCUUCAAGAUGAAAAGAAAAGUCAUUAUGAUGCUUCUGCCCGAUGCAAGGAACUAGAAGAGCAAUUGAAAAGGAACGGGAAAAUUUAUGUUUGUUCGGCAGACGAUAACAACCCCAAGAACAAGCAGUACAAAGAAUUAGCUGCUGCGGCCGAGAAGCUAGCGGAAUGUCAAGAAACUAUAUUCCUUCUUGGCAAGCAAUUGAAAGCUCUCCGACCUCAAACCAAUGAGAUUGGAUCACCCUACAAUGAGAGGAGUCAGAAGGGUGAAGGUCUCAGUGAGGAUGAACCCACUACCAGCGGCAUGAACUUGCAAGACUACCAGGCUGAGAUAGACGCUGCUGAAUCAGGCAAUGGAAUCCGAGCUGGUGCAGAAUCCCCUAUGGAGUCCUUUAACACACCUUGCAGCCCAUCUGAUACCGAAGCAAACCUUUUGAGAUCACCAGUCGGUUUGAAGCACGGGCCUAGCACUCAACCUUUGACUUCUGCCACAACAACACCGGAGAAACAUUCGAAAGGCUUUAGCCGAUUCUUUUCCUCCAAAGGAAAGAAUGGUGUUUAAGACAGCAGUUGAUGGACAUAGAAACUGGAUCAUUGGAAAUAAUUGGAAGAACCAAAGCUUAGAAUUUUGUAACUAAUGAUUGUAUAUGCUAUCCUUUGUAAUUUGGCCAAGUGAAUGUAACAUAGUUUUGGAAUGUUGAAUACAUUUUGGAUAUGUGGCAGUUCUGUUCGUUUGAAGC